GUGCUGUUUUUCUUUUUAAGUUAAUAAUUGGAUAUAUAUAUUUUUUAAUUUACCAUACAAAAAAGGAAAUAAACACUUCAAACAAAUAAUAUCACACGCCCGAGUAAAAAAUAGCGGCGGGUCUGGGUUUUUUUUAGGCGGGUCCGCUCCGCUCCGUUCCGUUCCGUUCUGAAGGUUGUUCUUUUCUGUGACGCCGAUCAACUGGAAUGUCUUGAUGAAGGCGCGUUUACGCUACACACGUGCUCACGUGUUGUCUGAGUCCACGUGCUGCAUUCACGAGGCCCCGCCCACUGUGUGACCAACAUCGGAGUUCAUAAAAGUUCAGUAAGUCCAGUCAUCAGCAGCAGAACGUCUGGAAACAACGGUUCGUCUAGUCAGAGUCAGAGACUGAGUUACGCGACGCUUUCGCCUCAAGACUCUUCUUAAGUUCAGUUUUAAACUCGAUACAGCCGUUCAGGAUUCUCAAGUGCUCACCCUGCAGACAGCGAGUUUACGUCUUUGACUUUUCCACACGCUCCAGAAGCUUAAAAAAAACAUCUCGAGGUGAUGGCGAUGCACAAGCGGAUCCUGCAGGCUCUUGGAAACGGCCCGGCGCGGCGGAACCUCUUCGGUCCGGUGGAUCGUGAGCAGCUCCAGCUGGAGUACCACGACGCUCUGAGGAAAGACCUGGAGGAGGCAUCUCGCCGCUGGGGCUUCGACUUCGCCACCGAGACGCCUCUGGAGGGCGGAGACUUCCAGUGGGAGGGCGUGUCCGAGGUGAAGGUGCCCGUCUUGUACCGCGCCUGUCAGGGGGAGCAUCGGUCGAGGUCCGGCCCGUUCGGCGCGGGGAAGGAGAACGUCCCCAGAACCCCGGAGAGAUUCAGCAUUGUCCCGCAGGACGUGGAGAAAACGCCAGAAAAGAGGACAGAUCUGAAGAGGAAACAGACCAAUAUCACAGAUUUCUACCAGGCGAAGAAGAGAAUGGUGGCCACACCCCGCAAAUCAGGACAAUAACACACACACACACACACACACACACACACACACACACUCACUCAGGAACGCUAGUGUGUCUCAUCUGGACUCUUGUCCUCACAGGAGGAACACAGACACACAAAAACCACACAAACCAUUGCUUCUCAACAGAUCUUCUGUUUUUUUUUUUACGCCGUCAUCUACCUUCAUCCUCUCAAGAACUCUAAACAGUCAUUCGUAGCAUUUUUCCAUCGUGCUGUUUGGUCCGUACGGGUGUCAUGGACCGAACGCAAGAAACACGCAACAGACUGUUUUUUUUCCAUCUUCCAUCAUGUGUUAUGAAUGUUAUUCGUUAAUAGGAAAUUGUUUCUGUCAUUUCCUCUUCCUGUUUAUGUUUGCAUAUCAACGGUUAACAUUUUAUAAAAAUUUCCAUUUAAGAAAAUGCGUUAAUUCUUUUAAAUCGACUAGGUUUUGUGUGGAGCGGGCGAAAAGAUUCUGGAAAGAUUUCAGAAUUUGUCUCUCAGCGGGACCACAAAAUUAUAACGAAAGCGUUUCAUUACGAACAACACGACAGGUUAUAAAACACUUAUUUUUCAGUGUCCAUGUAUACAAAUGUAUUGCUUUAUUGCACAAUACUUGUAGCUAAUUUUAAAAACUAACAUUUGGUGCCAAAUGUUUUUUUCUUUUUUUUUUUUUUUUUCUUUUCUUUUUUUGACGUAUAAAAGUUAUUUAUAAUUCUAACCCUUCUAAGCUGACUGUUUUCACACAACUCUCGUAAAGGAGCUGCAAUUCCGUUUUUACAACGUAAAAUUAUUGACAAACACUUGGCGUCAUUCGUGAAACACGAGCAGAAUGAAUUCUUUACAAAUUCUUUGUAAAUUGCGUAUGAAUGUUUUACUCAGAAAUUAGUUCUGCUUGCGUUCCGUGAACGCCGCCGCCACCGCUGGAACUACAGCAUAUUUACAAACACUCUCAGUUUUACUUGUAGUCAUGGAAAUACAAGUAACGGUUGUUUAAAAUAAACGCAAUCACAGAUACGAACGCUAAGCUUUCUGCAUUCAUUAAUUGAGAUGCUGAAUACAUUCAGCUUCUCAAAUUUCGCAUUCCAGCAAAUGUUUAUUGAAUUUGCUCUUGCUUUGUGAUUGUCUCAUAUCCUGAUACUUGUAGAUUUCUGCAACCUGUCUGUAAAUAUCCUGUUAAUAUCCGGAUUAUCCGCCGUUGAUGGAAAAUUGCACUUAUUAUUUUGAGUAGUGUAGCUUGCACAUGUUUGUUAUUGUUAAAGAGCUCAGAAUAUAUGCUGUAUUUAUUUUACGGAUAAAUAUUGUAUUGUAGAUUGACAUGUAAUUGUUCUUGUAAUAAAUCUGUUUAUAAAGAGAA